UUAGUGGGGUAUCAGAAGCUUCCCGAAGCCAACCACCAAUUCCUUUCCCCAAAGCAGCUGCAGCAGCCAGGAAUAGCAAUUCGGUCAAAGCUCCUCUCUUUAUAGGGAUUGAGAUCUCGACAACGCCCUCGUUUCCCCUCUCUCGCUCGCUCGCCAUCUCUGGUUGCUGCUGCAUCUGAAAAUACAGAUUUCACAAAGCGAAUAACUAAUCUGGUUACGAAAGCAAAGGAAGGGUUUUUUUAAAGAGUGAGAGAGACAAUGGAGAAUGGGGGUUUGGUUGCAGAAAACAUUGAGAACGAUAACAACAACCAUGAUGAUGGUUCUUCUUCUUCUGCAGCAGGAGGGGGUUCUUCAUAUACGUAUUGGGUCAGAAGAGAUUUGAAGAAAGAAGAUGCCGCUCCUCUUCCUGCUCCUCGUAAGCUUACCCCUCAAGAUGUUUCCACUCUCUCCAAGUCUAACUCUUUGGGAUCUGUCUGGAAUCAAGCUGGAACCUGGGAGGAGAAGAACCUUAAUUCCUGGGCUAGUGGUCGGAUAAAGGAGUUGAUGAGUUCUUUGGGCUCAUUGGAAUUCUCAAGCGGCAAAGCUGAAAUAGCAGAAGUUACUAAAUGUGUAGGCGAUGCGUUUUUGGUGACUGUUCGAAAUAAAAAACGUGUUGGCUACACUUACGAGUUGACAUUGAGAUUCAAAGGUGAUUGGUUGAUCGGGGAGGAGAAAAAGCAUUUCGGGGGCCAUCUUGAUGUACCAGAGUUUUCCUUCGGUGAAGUGGAUGAUAUGGAGGUGGAAAUCCGGCUAAAUCAAGAGAAGGAUAUUGCACACGAAGUUAAGAUGCAAGUACGUCAGGAUCUGAAACUGUUUUUGAAACCCAUCCGCGAAAAGAUGCUUGAAUUCGAGCAAGAGCUCAAAGAUAGAUAACGUAAACGGGAAAAGUCCGUCUCUAUUGAGACUUCUGUUAUAACAUAAUCGUCAUCUUAAAUUCCUCUAUAAACUAAAGUCGAAUGCUGUCUAUUUGCUCAGUUGGAGUCUUGUUUGAGUCAGAACUUGAGACCACUUAAAUAGUCGGGUUGAAUCUGAUCAAAAGGGCUUUAUUUAACUCUUGCUUUCGUAGAGAAUUUCAGAGUUUGCAUACAGUCGGUGGCUUUGUUGAAGAUGUAGGAUUUUUUUGUUUGUUUGUUAUAUAUGUUGACAUGACGGAUUUUUCCUAGGCA